AUGGUUUUGGUCCAUCGGUUUGGGGCCUUGUCGGCCAUCGCCCUAACUUGGCUCACAAGAGCGCAAGCUUCUCUCUCCGAAGCGCAUUGGUCCUACUGUAAACCGAAAACAGUUACCGAAACUUGUUACGAAACGAUUACUGAGACGGCUACGGAGACGACUACGGAGAUUUGCUACGAAACGGAAACUACUACAGUCUACGGCACUACUACCGUAUUCGAUACUGUCAGUUAUAGUUACACGGUGACGGACACAGUGACGGAUACAGUGACGGAUACAGAGACAGACACGGAGACAGAUACAAAGACUGUGACCGACUCGAGAACCAUUACUGUCUUUGUUACGCGUUUUAAUAACCAGACUAUUAUCUCUUUAACCACUACUACCGAUGAGGAGACUACGACCGCUACACUUACUGAUAUAGAGACUACGACGACGACUUAUACAUCUCUCGUACCUACUGUCACUACGGCUACUCUCACUUUCACAACCGAGAUCCCAACCACGGUUAUAUCCGACAGAACACUGACCACGACUGAAUACAGCACGUCAACCUACACAAGUAUCUCGAUAUAUACAACAAGCAUUCUGUCGACGCUCACGGACACCCUAACGACAACUGCUGUGUCCGUUUCAGCUUCAGCAACUACAGACACUGCUACCGUGACUGCAACUGAAGAGACUACAUCAUUCGUUACAGUGGUAUUUACUACUACGUUCCUCACCGUUUCGGAGAUCUCAGUUACCGAUUCGGUGGUAAGUACUACGACCUUCACUACGACACAAUUUAUUACCACUAUAGUACCGGAGUAUAUUACCACUACAGCACCACCGACCACCGUCACUUCGUCCGUCUGUCCCGCGGCGACGAAUUCUCCGGCCUUCAACGUACCUGCUUAUAACGCCUCAUCCGACUUGACUUGGGGAUGCCCGCCUGGAACUCUCUGUUCUCCUCCAAAGCCACUCGGGUGCAGUAUCUGGCCUGAUCUUCCGGAUCAAAAAUACGUCUGUGAGAGUCAGGUCUAUUGUAUACCAGCACCAGUUUAUGCUACUGCCCGGUGGUGCGACAACGAAACAGGGUACUUCCCUCCUACGGAAGGCUACUUUAACCUUGCACCGCCAGCCUUCGGGUUAAGCUAUGAUAUAUUUGUCCCUCCCAAGCCCGAGCCGCUCACCGAAACCAUCUCGGGUAAGACUAUCACUACCUGGACCUCUACAGGCAACUAUGAAUCACAAGCGACUAUUACGGCAUAUCCGCCCUCGAGCACACUAGAGCCGGGCUAUCCAACGGCGAUACUUGUUAUUCCACUUGCAAUAACGCUGUUUUGGAGGCCCAGAGUGUUGGAAAGAUACCCCAACUUUGCAACACUGGCUCCGUAUUCAUGCAGUACCGCCGAGUCUGCCAGACCUGCAUUGUAA